AUGCAGCUUGUGCUGCUGCAGGCUCCCCCCCCCCCAAACGCUCUCACCCAGCCCCUUGUCACGCAGGAGCGCUACGAAGCCGCCAUCCAGCGGUCGGCCAAGAAGACCUGGUCCGAGAUCCGGCAGCAGAGGUGGUCGUGGGCUGGCGCGCUCCACCAGGGCUCCCCUCGGCACAAGGAUGACCGGAGCUUGCAGCUGAGCCCCUGGGAGAGCAGCAUCGUGGACCGACUCAUGACGCCCACCCUCUCCUUCCUGGCCCGCAGCAGGAGCGCCGUGACGCUGGCCGGCACCGGCAAGGAGCAGGAGCAGGCCUUACCCCAUGGGCUCUCAAGCUGGUAUUCAGGCUGCGCCCCAGAGACAGCCCAGCGGCUGGAAGAGAUCAUGAAGAGGACGCGCAAGUCGGAUGCGGCCGAUGCCAAGAAGAAGGAAGAGAAGAAAAUGAUGAAUGGAAAAGAAGCCAGACAGGAGGCUGCUGCCAGCCCAGGCUGUGGGAAGCGAGCAGGGCCGCUGGCGAAGGAAGAGGAGCUCCCUGAAUCAGAGACAUCCAGCACCGAAAGCCAGGGGGUGCGGACAGGCCCUGAGGGGCUGCAGCAAAGCCUCCCCAGCAAGGACACGGCGCCCCUGGUGAAUGGCGUGCAGCCCAGCAAGCACGAGAACGGCUUUCCCGGGAAGGAGGCGGGCCAGGGCAUGCUGGAGCACCCCCAGCACAGCAGCAGCACCGACCCCAUCAUCCCCUUCGGCAACAAGGAGCCCUUCCUCAAGACGGCCGUCGUCAAGCCCCCUCAGGUCACAGGUAGGAGCUUCCCCUGUCUGCCCUCCUGGGGCCCGGCUGAGCGGCGCCCUCACGCUUGCCUGUUGGGGAUUCUCUGGGUGGGCCAGCAGGGGACGGGGCAUAGGGCCCAGUGGGGGGUUGGAGCCCCUGCAGGGCCGUUGUGGGGGGGAGGUUGGCUUGUGCAGAAAUGGCUGCAGAAAGGAGUUAAGACAACUCUAAAUAAGGAAGCAGCAUCAGGGCAAAGGCACCCACAGCAACUCAGUGUUGGCUUGUUCUGA